AUGGCGAACGGCUAUCCUCGUAACUUCAUAGAACGCAACGGGCAGCCUGGUCCAAGCCGAAGUUCGGUGACAGAACGGCCAAAAAUCUGGCGGGCGCUUCCUUACAUUGACGGCGUCUCUGAGGCGGUCUCCCGUCUACUAAGACCACUGCGGAUUGGCAUUGCCCAUCGGCCAGAGUCAACAAUUCGAAAUCUGGUCAUGAGACCUAAGACCCCCCUGCCACGCGGCGAAACAACGAACGUCAUGUAUCGGAUCCAGUGCAGUUCCUGUGAUAUGAACUAUAUUGGAGAGACCGGCAAACGACUGCACACCCGUGUUGCAGAGCACAUGAGGGCAGUUAGGUGGAUGGACCCGUUGUCUCUAGUGGCAGAACACUGCGCAAACUCUGGACACACGUUCGCCUUCCAGAAUGGUGAAAUCCUGGGCCGGGGAAAUGACGGCAUCACGAGGGAAACAAUCGAGGCCUGGUACACUGGCGCGAACUCCAUCAACCGAAGCGUAGCGCUUCCUGCGGCUUACCAGGCCCUCCGGACGCAGCUUAGUGAACAGAAGAGUAGAGUCAGGCUGCGACAAGACAGAAACCCAAGUACGGCCGAGUCCAUGGGGGCCCACACGCGCAGCUGUGCUUCAACCCGAAUCUGACGCAGGUGCGAUCGUCACUACAGCCGCGUCGUCCACUUAUCUGGCAGGUGUGAGGACGAACGAUCGCAGUAACGCCAACGGACCCGAUGAAGGUGCUAUCAUCACUGCCACUCAUGCGGCAGGUGAGAACACAAGUGACUGCAGGGUGACAAAGAAGAUUGCCAGCCUAGGACGAGAGCUAAGGUCAAUGAAAUUAUCCUCAACUAUGGAAGCAACCACCCCGCAGCUCACAAAAGAAGCUGCGUCCGAACUCUGUUCCACCGGGCCUACCGUUAUUGUAACAACAACGAUCUCCUGAACAAAGAGCUUGCUCACCUGUAUCGGUUAUUCCGCUCUAACGGAUAUCCGAUCAGUUUUGUUAAGAACUGUCUCAGGCACCAGACACAGUCGCAAGACCCCACCCCCAACGGAGAGAUUGUGACGCGAAAAUUCUACUCCUUGCCAUAUAUGCGUGGAACUUCCGAAAUAAUCGCUCGGCAGUUCAGCCGCCUGGGUAUUCGCGUUGCCCACAAACCGGCAUCCUCACUACGCGCAGCAAUAUCUCGAGUGAAGGACCCCCUCCCCAAAGAGCAACAAACGAAUGUAAUUUAUCGCAUCCCGUGUGCUAAUUGCUCUUGCGUGUAUGUUGGCCAUACAGGUCGAUGCCUGGGCACCCGUAUCAACGAACACAAACUAGCUAUCCGUCGGCGAGACCCCCUGUCCCUCGUCUUUGCCCAUGCACUCGAGUACGACCACCGAUUCAACUGGGAUGGCACCGAGGUCGUCGCCAUGGCUAACACAAAGCGAGCGAGGGAAUUUCUCGAGGCUUGGUACUCCGAUGCGGGUAGUAUCAACCGCCACGUUGAUUUAGAUGCCCAUUACGAGGGUCUACGUUCACGAAUGACUGCCCCCUACCCUAAUCACGCAUCAACGACCGCGAAUACAGCCGCCCGCAUUCCAACUGAUUCACCACCCGCCCUCCCCCUUCAGCACGGCGUGCCGUAAUUGUUCCGCCUCCUCUCCCUUUCCCCGCCCCUCACUCAGUGACCUACCAUGACCUCGGGAGCCCACCCAACCACCCCCCCCUCACACGUCAGUGGUCUGUUCUGUCCUAUCACGCUAACUGGUCUACUGUGACAACAUAACUUUCUCCCUCGUUUUCAUUUCGUCUGACGACGGGUUGGUGUUACCAGCUCGAAAAUUCACGAGUAAAACUCGGUUUUUCCGAAGAACCACUUCUACUUUUCAAUAUAUAUAUAUAUAUAUAUAUAUAUAUAUAUAUGUGUCACGCAAAAGUGGGACCCUCACUGAUGCGGUUAGGAUCUCACUCGGUCCCAUGCUGUCCGUCUGCCAGCUUGCUACUGGCGACAAAGAGUUUGUGUGCCAUAGGACACACACACAUAAUACGUAAGCAGUCUACUAAGAGUGCUGCAAGACGUUUGCCCGGCUCGUGGUCCGCGUGCGCGCGUGUGAGUGUGUCAGCAACCGUGAUGUGGGCACGAAUGACUAAGCGCUUACCUAACGUGAGAGCCAAUCAGCGCGAACCUGGUGAUUCGAUUGGCUGAUUACAGGGUUUGUGCACGCCUGCGGUUGGCUGCCUUUGAGGCUGAAUGUGCGCACGUUUCAUACGCUGGAAAGUCUUGAUCAGAUUAUGCCUAUCGUGGCGUACGUAUGUAAGCAUUUUGGAAUUACAGGCGAAGUUCUUGAUGACCCUAUUCAUGUACGGUUGGGUUCAUAAAUGCAAUUAUAUACAGUCAGCAUCAAAUAUAGUCGUUUGCAAAGCUUAGGGGAGGUGUUACACCAAAUGUGCGAGAUUCGUUACAUGAGAAAUGAAACCAGGAAGUGAAGUUUAUGACUGGCCAUAUAUAGUUCCGCAGUGACCGUCGUCGUUUAACAAAAAUCGGCUAGAUCGCAGUUGGUAGCCAGGAAUAAGGAAGCGGACGGCGACCUUAACUCUUAUCCCAACCUUAGCCCUAACCCCAACCUUAAACGUUAACCGCUAACCCUUACGGCAACCCUAACCCUAAACCUAACCGAAAUUGUAAAUAUAAUCGUAGCCCUAAGACAUAGCCGUAACUGAGAAAAGUAACCAUAAUACUAAAACCUAAUCGUAAACUCCAACCCUUACCGUAACCCGAAAACCUAAGCCUAAAGGGUAUAACCCUAACCCGAAAAUAGGAAAUCCUUAACCGGUACCCUAAUCCUAACCUCAAACGUAAAACGGAAGCCAAAUGGGUCAGUUGUGAUUAUGUAACACCACAAGAGUCCCCCAGUAAACAAACCCCAGCCACCUGUAAUACGGGACCUGGCUACCAACUGCUUUCUAGCCCAAAAAUCAAAUUGUCCAACUGCCUUUUGAAUAAAACCAUGGGAUCAUAUGUCACCAUUUAAAACAGGAGUGAGCUCCACGGUCAAAAUACCCGGUGACUGAAUGACAACGUUCGUUAGUCUAGGCGCUUAAAUUCGUGUUUAACCUUGCAGUGAUGACGGCGCAGGUGACUCAUGUUUGCAAAUUUGAAGAAACCGCCAGGUUUAAGCGGACAGUUAUAUCUGCGGGAAGCGCGGAGUGUCCGACGCAGGUUGUACCUCACUCGUCCAUAUGACAGGCGAAACAAAUCGAGCUUGAUCAGUCUUUCCGGAUAUGGCAGAGUUCUAAGGCUGUCCAUCACUUUAGUCGUGCGUCGUUGCACCUGCUCGAUGGAACCACUGUCCAGCACAUCCGUGAUGACAUUCCGUAUUCCAAAUGAAGUCUAACGAACGCACUAAAGACACACACGAAGAGUUCGGGAAGAAUGACAUGGGGGCGCGUGUAAUUCAAUGCAACAAGUUCGAAUUUGUCAGGGAUGGGGGGGGGGGCUUAUGUGCGCUUGAGACGAUACGCAAGUCCAACAGGGCGCGGCACUUCGGCAGGGGAGUGCGGAGUUCACUGAUAUCUCCAUCAUUUUCUACAUAAAACCGCCUCGGGUCAUUUGCAAGACAAGGGCUGCCCCUUGAUGGGUGGUGCGACCAGGAGCACGCUUUGAUGGGACCCCGACGGGUCUUUAAUAAAAAAAUUAUCUAUCUAUCACGGGACACUGGUACGACGACAAGGUGAGGUACACCUGAUCCGUUUUGCUUAGGGCAUGGCCGCAAAAACUCACCAGUCGAGCAUGCCCCACGAAAGGCCUGAGGCCUGAAAUCAGGUCAGCGGAACCUGGAUGAAGGCUCGAUUCCCUGACACAGAAACCCCAUAUCAAUGCAUCUCAAUGUAAGCUGUAUGCCGGAAGGCGGUCAUUCGGAAUUUUUCGCCUUCCAGUGUGCAGCGACGACUCCUACGCAUAAAUGGCGUCUCGCUGGUAUUGCACGACAAUUUUAUAAACAGACUGGCUCAGAGUAAAUACCGCCUCCUCGGAGCAAAGAAGUAUCGGAGCUAUGAUGUUAAGAUCAUGUAAACCAGCCACUAUGAGUCAGACCAAAGGUAUGCAAGCAUCUGCCAUGACAGGAUCAGCGAACCACGGCCCUCGCAGCCUGGUGUGCGCUGGUAAUUCUCCGACACCCGGUUCUCUGUCGGUAGAUGCGAUUGCGAUCCCGCUGGGUAUAGAGGUCGCCAGCGUGACUGUCCAGUCAUCCUUGUCCUUCUAACCCGUUGCGGCGUUGUUUUUGGUUAAAAUCCCGGUCAAGUACCAUGUGGACCAGGGGAUGUGGAGUGGAGCGCGAAGGUACGGGCUCGACCGCAUCCUCCACCUGCGCCCUUUCCUGCCCUCGGUCUUCUUGACUGUUUCUUUGACACCGGGUCCAGAUAUGGAGGAGGAGAGGGUGUGGUAGACGCUGCGCAAGUCCACACACUAUAAACUAAUUCCCGUGCAAGUCGCCGUGCCUGCUUCAACUUGCUAUGGAGCACACGGUGGACAUCGCCGGGCACGACGCCGAACUGUAAUGGGUCAGAUACGUACAAACGAAUUGUAAAGUGCUAAAGUUGCAGGUUUAAACAGCAACUUUUUCCUGAGUUCCAGAGGCCGUCUCCUGAUUCUACAGUGGCGAAUAGAGAGCUCGGUUAGAUACGCUAGGCACCACAAACUGAACUGAUAUUAAAGAUAGCGGUAAGUGAUAUCGUUUCUUGAUAACUGGCCGGAAGAACGUGUGCUGGAAAACGUUUUAUUUUUUAACCAGUUAUGCAAUAACCUUCGUUAUCGGUCACUGGUUCCCAUCAAGAAACUAAAUCUUAAAUAGUUUGUUUUUGUGCACAGAAUUCCGAGAACCCACUUCUGACAUCAUCGAUACUUCGUAAUUUUUUUCCACACAGGAAGUGCAGCAGAGAUCUAAACAAGUGAUCAUCGGUUGGCUAACAACCAGGUGCAUACGAUAGAUGAAGCAAAAGCUUCCAUCCCAAACGUCGGGUCUUUUUCUGGGUUUGUCGGGUUGCAUGUGGUCUCGCGUUGUCAUGCAACAGAAUGGCACCGCUUGUGUUGGUACGCGCUGGAUGUUUACUGGUAAGAGCUUGGGUCAGACGUCCUGACUAUUGCCUAAGGAGGUCUGCUGUUAUAGUCUCUAAACAGACAGCCAGGCUUUAUUGGAGUAUGACUCUGAUUUCGGCGUACAAACUUGUGCCUGUACCGUAGAAAGCCACUGGUUUGCGCGCUUUUUGGUAACGUAAAGAAGCUACCUCUGAUCCCCAGUGCUAAUUCGAUUAAGAAAUAACUUCCACUCCCAUCUGCUGAUUGCUGAACGCCCGGCUUUGUUCUCCAUCAGAAGUUGGUGUGGGAUCCAGACCCCUUGUCUACUGACUUGCCCUAUCUGUUGAAGAUGAUCCUGAACAGAAGCCCAUGACGAGUUUAGUCUGUCUGAUCAUUCCUCCAUGGCCUAAAGAGGACCUAUCGCAGCAGCCUGAGCCGAAAGUGAGACCCUUGCCACUACGACCUUCAGGCUCGGUCCCGUCUGACUCGGCCUUGAAUCUGAUUGGCCAGUUGGGAAGUCGAGUGGGCGAAUGACAAGCAGCCCUGGCAUGCAUGUGCAGACACGCGUUGCGGUAGGCUCUCAGAUUAGGGUCACUACAGACCUGCCCCAACAGUUGAGCGCAAAAGGUAAUUAGUGGACGAUGGGUAUCAGGGAGGCCGAAACCGCCCAAUCAGAAUCCCGAGAAUCAACGCCGCCACUUGAGGAUAUCCAAGGCAUCCGGAUAAACACCACAAAUCGAUGCGUUGUUUCCCCUGCGAAAUUCAUACGGCAUACAAUGACGGCCAUGACUGCCUCCAGAGUCUACGUCUCCUAUUUUGUUGUCUAAUCUAAAGAAGCAGUAUUCAUUAUCAAAAUCUAAACACUAUAUCUAGCGAAUUCAAAAAGCCAGAACAGUCAAACGGAGGAGACAUGAACACCUGACAAGUAAGAUUCAAAUUAAGAUUGUAGAAAGUGGCAUUGCUUCCCGGCACCCCUAAUACAUACAGAGUAAAACCAAGGCAACAACUGGAAUAGCGUAAGAAUCAGGCAUCAAUAAUGUGUCAAUGUAUUCCAGCAAGAUGUCUUUAUUUUGACACAAUUUGCCGAGAGGGUGAGAUAAAAACGAAGAUAUGAAGUACGUCUGGCCGGAAAGCGCGUGAGUGAGUCUUGAACAGAUGCUGCCUCGGUCUCAGUCGCAUCGCAGUCAGCCAAUCUUUGUGGGGUGCCUGGCUCGAGGCCCCAUCCAUGAAAAUCUGGCGCAUCCUGCAGGGACCAGGUCGCGUGUGCGGCACGCAUAGACGGGUUGUUUAGCUCUGUUAAGUACCCCGCCCACAUCCGCCCCAAGUCGUGUUAAUAUUGUCUCGUCAUAGGAAAGGGUGGGUGGGGGAGAGAGCUAGGUAGAUGCUGCGCAAGUCCACAGCACUUUUAAACAAGUCUCCACGCAAGUCACCGGCGCUGUACCCGCUACCUAAGGCACAUGGUGGAUGUCGUCGCUCGCGACGACCGAACUGUCACGUGAUCUGCCUAAAGGAUGAGAUGGACACUAGAGGGGGCCAUCUAAGGACGAAACUCUGCGCCUAGAACAACUUCUGCCUCGGUCUCAGUCGCAUUUCAGUCAGUCAGCCUUCGUUUUUCCGCUUAGGGGAGUGAUUGGUGACGCCCUCCCGCAUACGAUGACUACGUUAAUCUGCUCUGGGAAGCCGAAAAAGGUUAUUUGCUCCCUGGGGAUGGUGUCCGCCGUCUUAUCCAAAUUUUAAGGCCGAGCAGGGGUGAUCUGUCGACGCAACUCUUUGGAAAUAACAGGAUGAAUCCACUCAUGGUCCUUUUAAGGCAUUCUCCAGUCAAAAGACUGAUGAUGAAUCCGGUCACUGUCAUGUGAUCACAUGGAAGGAGUGCCUACAAAAGGAGACUAGAAUGGCCGUCUCGGUUUAUCAGCCGUCGUCAGUCACCUAGCUUCAGGGUUGUAUGACUCGAGACUCGAGACCGGAUUCCUUGUUCUCAAGAGCGGCAUUGCUUCCCGGCAUCCCUAAUACACACAGAACAAAACUAAGGCAAUAAUUGGAAUAGCGUAAGAAUCAAGCAUUAAUAAUGUGUCAAUGUGGUCCAGCGAGAUUUCUUUAUUUUGGCACAAUUUGCAGAGGGUGAGAUAAAAACGAAGAUUUGAAGCCGGAAAGCGCAUGAGUGAGUCUGGAACAUCGCUGCCUCGGUCUCAGUCGCAUCGCAGUCAGCCAACCCUUGUGGGGUGCCUGGCUCGGGGCCCCUUCCAUGAAAAUCUUGCACAUCCUGCAGGGACCUGCUCGCGUGUGUGGCACGCGUAGACGGGUUGUUUAGCUCUGUUAAGUACCCCGCCCAAGUCCGUCCCAAGUCGCCGUAAUAUGGUCUCGCCAUCGGAUCAAGAUGGGUGGGAAAGGGAGCGAGGUAGAUGCUGCGCAAGUCUGCGGCACUUUUAAACUAAUCCCCGCGCAAGUCACCGGUGCUGUGUCCGCUCUCUAAGUCACAUGGUGGAUGCCGUCGUUAGCGACAGCCGAAAUGUCACGUGAUCUGCCUAAAGGAUGAGAUGGACAGUAGAGGGGGCCAUCUGAGGACAAAAAUAUGCGCCUAGAACAACCACUGCCUCGGUCUCAGUCACAUUUCAGUCAGUCACCCUUCAUUUUUCCGAUUAGAUGAGUGGUUGGUGGCGCCCUCCCUCAUACGAUGACUACGUUAAUUUGCUCUGGGAAGCCAAAAAGGGUAAGUUGCUCCAUGGGGAUGGUGCCCUCCGUCUUUUCCGAAUUGUUAGGACGAGUAGGGGUGAUGUGUCGGCGCAACUUUUCGAAACUAACAAGAUGAAUCUGCUCAUGGUCCUUUUAAGGCAUUCUCCAGUCAAAAGACUGAUGACGAAUCCGGUCACUAUCAUGUGAUCACAUAGAAGGAGUACCGUCGUCAGCCAUCUAGCCUCAGGGUUGCAUGACUCGAGAUUCGAGACUGGAUUCCUUGUUCUCAGAUCGAACGCCAAGUCCACACUGUGCUGCCAUUUGUGAUACCGUUAGGUAAUUUACAGGGUGUGGCGACACGCCUAGGUGCGGCUCCGGCCGCGCCCUCCCCUACCCACGUUCUUUUCUACGCUGGGCUCAGAUAAGGGAGAGAGUGCGGCAGAUGCAGAGCAAGUCUACAUUCGCUAUAAUCUAAAUCACGCGUAAGUCGGCGUGCCUGCUCUUCACCUCACUGUGAAGCGCAUAGUGGACAUCGUCGGCAACGACGGCAGGCAAUAAACAACAGACAGCCGCUCCCUACGACGUUAUUUAGACUUACCCACGAACUUGCCCAAAAACCCAGCCUGGUCACAGGCUUGAACUGCCACCAACGACCACAAAUAGCUCACAGUCAUCCUUUUCAGUUAGAAAUAGUUUCGGCGUGAGAGAUCCAAGUCCGGGAACUCUCAGGGACGUCUGAAUGGCAUGGUAUGCCGAUACUUUGUAGUGCCAAGACUAGGUGAGGUAAAAUGUUGACUUCAUCUCAGAAGACCACCACGUGUCAUAAUCAAUCUGCUUUUCUGCCACCCAAACCUUAGCAGACAAUUUCGAAGGUGGGUGAACUUUGGAGAUUUUGGUCGUAAAUGCCCCUCUGAACUACUCCAGUCUUGUUCCUAUUAAACCUAUCCCUUCUCGCUUCGGACGCGAUGAUACUUACUGAAAGCUAAUUUAAUGAUCCCUGUUGUAACCAAAUAGUAGAUAUUGGCCGACUGCUUCUAAUUAACCCCUUCACUUCAUUUGCGCUUAAGAACGUACGGAGGCUCCCCCUUGUUUAUAGCAUUAAACGCUAAUGAAGUGAUCAAACAGCAAAAAGCGCAGAUGUCCCUGUCGAACCUGUUUCCCGUGGUUUUAAAGCACACAUUUCGGUUGAGUUUCGUAAGCACAAUUUCCACAGAAAGAAUCAACUGCCUCGAGAAGGGCUAGACUAAUUGACCGUCAUCCUCCGGCUUCCCUUCCGGCCGGGUGGAACUCCACUUGAGAGAUACUCAAAUGCUCUACUGCCCUGCGAUACUUAUGCAAAGUUCUUUUGGUUUUCCUAAAGCGGCAAGUUUGGUCUCUACGAUUAAAAGUCCGAUUGGCAGACUAGGAGAUAGGAGACCAUAACUAUUUCUAAAUUGGAGUAUCUACCAGAAAACACACGGCGAAUGCUGGGGGAUCCACUGAGAAGCCGAACCCCUCACAGCUGCGCCAUACAGCCGCAAAACAUUGGCGAAACACGCGUGUAUGGGCUUUUGGCUAGUACCUUUGCUGUUAGUAUGGUAUCACCUUACCUUAAAGUAUAUUACUAGCUGCCUGUCGGCAAUUAAUGAAUAUUACGCGGUUUCCCGCUGUGGCUGAUGGACUUUGGUCCAAAUAUUCAUGCAUGAAAUUCUCGGUCUGAGCCUAUAGACCUUGAAUAAACUGAUCUACUCCAACUUUGCGGAUAAUUUCUGAGGAAAUUAAAAAGCGGAACUAUAACAGCCAGAAAACGUGUCGCCGAGCGGAGUCGAAGUAAUGCCAUCCAGAUUUCGGUUAAGAAGGCCCAGCUCUCGCGGUCACUGUGCAAGGAACUGCGCCUUUACUAGACUGAAUAUUCCAAGGUAUGAACAACUGCAAGGCAGAAAGCAUGAAAAACUUUCCCCAGAAUCUGCGUUUGGUCCACGCGUCACUGUCAACUUGAAGUAGACAGUUUUAAAUAUCUCGGGGCGAGGCUGCUGCCUAAUGGACAGAGUAAGGACGACAUCGUCUCCCGAAUGGAUGCUGCCCGCUGGGUUUUCUCAAGCCUUCGGAUGCGACGCGACCUCUCCAUCGCCACUAAGAUUCGCGUGCACCGUGCGUAUGUCCGGUCUGUCCUUCUCUAUGCUUGUGAAUGCUGGGCAGUGCGCGUGGAGGACGAGCGAAAACUAGAGGUAUUUGAUCACCACUGCUUGAGGAUCAUCCUUCGAAUGAAGUACACCGACUCCGCUUCAAAUGAGACAGUCCGCGCUCGCUGCGACAACAUCACAAGGAUAACUCAGGCCAUCCAAGAAAGACGACUUAAGUGGUUCGGGCAUGUUCUUCGUCGUCCACCUCAGGAGCUCACUGUUACUGCCCUCGAUCCGGCACCGUCGCACCAUUGGAGGCGUCGAAGAGGGGGUCAGUUCAAAACUUGGCUCGACACAGUUUGUCAAGACAUGGAGGUGGUUCUUGGACCUUCGGUCUAAGUCGUUGGCGAAGGGAAUAGGUUGAGCUGUCCAGAUCUGCUGGCGCGGAUCGUCACGCGUGGAGAGGUACAGUUCGGGACAUCAUCGAGGCAGGCUAGAUCAGGCAUGAUCGCAGCCGUAUCAGGUACAAGUACACACGUCACUGUUUUCGUAAUCAGCAUUUCAUUUGUCAAAGGUCUAGCCCACUGUCUCAAAUGUCUCAGCAAGGCCGGGUGGAGCAACGUGGCAGUAACCAAGGAACCUGCAUCCACCAGCCGACUUGGUUUAGCUCUGCUACUGCUUCCAGAGAGGACAGAACUGAGAGUGCUCACGAGAGUGCCCGGGUUCGAGUCCCGCCCCGACCACUUCCCCUCAUGGAACCCGCCGACUGGUUUAAAAUAGCCGAACUCCAGAAUCCUCCAUCUCAGGACAGGUAUUUGAAGGUUCCCAGUGGUACUGCACCGUAG